CCUUACGCGGAAGUAAUCGAGCUAAUAUGGCUGCGUCCUUGACAGGCAUGUUUUGGUUUCAGUGAAGUGAAAAAGAUGCACUAAUGCAAGUCUAUAGUAAAUUUACGGAGAGCUGAAUUGUUAGGAGAACCGACUGAACGGAACAUGGACAGAAGAGAGUUUAUCGCGUCUCUAGUGGCAGGAGGCUGUGCUGGGAUGUGUGUGGAUCUGACCCUGUUCCCAUUAGACACCAUUAAGACCCGGCUGCAGAGUCAGCAGGGCUUCCACAAAGCAGGAGGCUUAAGGGGCAUCUACGCCGGGGUGCCAUCUGCUGCUGUUGGAUCCUUCCCCAAUGCCGCUGCGUUCUUUGUCACCUACGAGUCCACCAAGUCCCUCCUCGGCGCAAGCACAUUUGCAGCCUCACACGUAACGCCUGUCAGUCACAUGCUGGCUGCCUCGCUGGGAGAAAUAGUGGCAUGUUUGAUCCGGGUGCCCACAGAAGUGGUGAAGCAGAGAACCCAAGCCUCUCCCUCAUCCACCACCUAUAACAUGCUGCUGGCUACACUCAGAGAGGAGGGUGUUCGAGGUCUUUACAGAGGAUACGGCAGCACAGUUCUCAGAGAGAUCCCGUUCUCAUUGGUGCAGUUUCCACUUUGGGAAUAUUUAAAGAUGCUGUGGUCGGGGAGACAAGGUCACACGCUUCACUCUUGGCAAUCAGCGGUGUGCGGAGCUUUUGCAGGUGCGGUGGCAGCGUUUGUUACCACUCCUCUCGACGUGGCAAAGACCAGGAUCAUGCUGGCGAAGGCAGGCUCUGUCACAGCCAGCGGCAACAUCCCGAUGGUGCUCUAUGACGUGUGGAGGAGCAAAGGCCUUCCAGGGCUGUUUGCAGGCAGCAUCCCAAGGAUGGCCUUCAUCAGCGUGGGAGGUUUCAUCUUCCUGGGAGCAUAUGAAAAGGUCCGCCGCACUUUGCUAUAGCAGGGCUUCAUCGGAGGCUGUCCUGAGGGGCCUGAUCUGGCGAGGAGAUGCAGGAAGAGUCUCUGGAGGUAUCACCUCAGUCCGCCCGCCUACUGUGGACCCUCGGUGUCCUCAUGCAGCCGGGCCAUGAGGAAUGAGCUUGGUGC